AUGGUGAUAGUCAGCAGACUGGGUCCCAACGUGUUCCUGCUGUCAGCCACUAUACACUACCUACCUGUAAUGGUGAUAGUCAGCAGACUUGGUCCCACCGUGUUCCUGCUGUCAGCCACCAUACAAUACCUACAUGUAAUGGUGAUAGUCAGCAGACUAGGCCCCACCGUGUUCCUGCUGUCAGCCACCAUUCAAUACCAACCUGUAAUGGUGAUAGUCCGAAGACUAGGUCCCACCGUGUUCCUGCUGUCAGCCACCAUACAAUACCUACCUGUAAUGGUGAUAGUCAGCAGACUGGGUCCCACCGUAUUCCUGCUGUCAGCCACCAUACAAUACCUACCUGUAAUGGUGAUAGUUAGCAGACUGUGUCCCACCGUGUUCCUGCUGUCAGCCACCAUACAAUACCUACCAGUAAUGGUAAUAAUCAGCAGACUGGGUCCCACCGUGUUCCUGCUGUCACCCACCAUACAAUACCUACCUGUAAUGGUGAUAGUCAUUAGACUGGGUCCCAACGUGUUCCUGCUGUCAGCCACCAUACAAUACAUACCUUUAAUGGUGAUAAUCAGCAGACUGGGUCCCACCGUGUUCCUGCUGUCACCCACCAUACAAUACCUACCUGUAAUGGUGAUCAUCAGAAGGCGGGGUCCCACCGUGUUCCUGCUGUCAGCCACCAUACAAUACCAACCUGUAAUGGUGAUAGUCAGCAGACUAGGUCCCAACGUAUUCCUGCUGUUACCAACCAUACAUUACCUACCUGUAAUGGUGAUAAUCAGCAGACUGGGUUCCACGAUGUUCCUGCUGUCAGCCACCAUACAAUACCUACCUGUAAUGGUGAUAGUCAGCAGACCAGGUCCCACCGCGUUCCUGCUGUCACCCACCAUACAAUACCUACCUGUAAUGGUGAUAGUCAGCAGACUGGGCCCCAUCGCGUUCCUGCUGUCAGCCACCAUAUAA